AUGGCCAUGCACGGCACGUCCUGUUGGCGAUUUUUCGAAAACGGAACGGUAAGAAGACAAUCGUCUGUAUCGGGGAUUCAAUUACUCACGGGUCUCACGUGCUGUCCAACGAGACCUACCCGGCGAAACUCCAUAGCCUCUUCCACGAAGAGUUCAACGUGCUCAACCUGGGAAUCAGCGGCUCCACGGCGCAGCGCGCCCGGGAGUCCUCCUACUGGUCCUUUCCGCAGUGGCGCGUCGCCCAGGAGAUCGGCUUCGACCUGGCAAUCGUGCAGCUUGGCACUAACGACGCUAAGACCCUUAACUGGGACCCCUCGACGUACACGGCGGACCUUCACAGGAUGCUCAAGCAGCUGGCCGCGGGGCACCCGCAGGCCAGGCUCCUCGUGUCCGUGCCGCCGCGGGUCGUCAGCAACAACUUUACGAUCCAGGCGGACGUGGUCGCCGACACCUCCCGGACGCCAUCCGGGCCCUGCCGCGCGGCCCGGGCCUCGGCCUGGACUUCGUAGACAUGCAGGCCGCAUUCGCGAGCGCGAGGCGGCCGUUCCAGGACCUGCUGCUGCCCGACGGGGUCCACCCCAACGCGGGCGGCUACCAGCUGAUGGCCGAGGCUGCGGCCGCGGCGGUGCGCCGCGCGCUGGGCUGAGCCGUGCGUUGAGGGCCCCUCGGGCGGUCCACGGCCCCAGCCGAGCGCCCUUUGCGCCGCUGCGCGGCCCUCUCGUCACUCGGGGGAGGAGAGCUCAGAGAAGGAAGGCUCAGAGCCUGGGCCGCGCGCGCGUGUCCGCGGGCGCCCGUCGCCCGCUGCGUGGCCGGCCUGCUGAGGUGCGAGGGGCUCGCAG